AUGCCAUUCUCUCCCGUGCUGGAAUCGGCGCUAUUCGCGGACUCCGAGGGUGACGAAGAGCCGGACUACGAGCUUUCCGACACCACAAUCCUGGACGUCAAUCCGUGUCUCCUUCUGCCGCUAUCUGGAUGCAACUUCUUUUUCAUUGCCGCUUCGGUUGUGGUCUUCCUCGGGGCCCUCUAUGCGUACUUUGACCAGGAGUCAACCCCCACCGCGACAUCCGCCAACACAUGGCUGGUGUACCUGUUGCUACAUCUCGAAAUAGUGCUCAUGGUCCUGUCGCUGGGCGUCUUCAUCGUAGCUUCCAUCGGCUUUAUUGGGGCUCUGCGUGAGAACAUUGAACUAUUGGAUCUGUACACCACGUUGCAGGGGUCGUUCGUCACCACCGAAGCGGUCUUCAUCGUCAUGGUAUUCUUCCUACCCAUAAUCGGGCGCGAGUUUGUCAUCUCGCACAUCACGACCGAAUUCAUCGUCCACUAUCGCGACAAGCUGGAUUACCAAAGGACACCUGCUUUGUCUAGGCAAUGUGCAGUGCUCGGCUAUUAUGUCUAUAACGACGAAGCCUCGCUCACGGAACAGCACGAGCAACUUCUGCGGUCGCAAAUACGCAACAUCUGA